CACAUCGUCUCGGACAAAGAUGCAGCUGAACGCACCGUUCGUGCUCCGCAGAUAAACCGCGAGUUAACCGAGGACAGAGGCAGAGGAGCGGGUGAAAGGGGCUGAUUGAGCGCGCCGCAGUUUCCACGAUGCUGUCACCGUCCGGCGCGCUGCCGCCGCUGCUGCUGCUGCUGGCGGCUCUCUACUGCAGCUUAGACCUGACGCGGGCUGAGGGUUGUGGAGCUUCAUGUGGAAAAUGUGACUGCAGUGGAGUGAAGGGAGCCAAGGGUGAGCGUGGAUUUCCUGGCCUUCAGGGUAAUAUGGGAUUCCCAGGAAUGCAGGGGCAUGAGGGCCCUCCUGGGCCAAUGGGCCCCAAGGGAGAUUUAGGAGCACCUGGAGCUCCGGGACUAAAAGGAGUGCGAGGUCCUCCUGGUCUGCCAGGGUUUCCAGGGAACCCAGGGCUACCAGGCCUCAAUGGAAACGACGGUCCGCCAGGUGCGCCUGGAAUCCCAGGAUGCAAUGGGACCAAAGGCGAAAGAGGAAUGGACGGCAUUAAUGGUUUUCCAGGACUUCCAGGGCCGCCUGGCCUCCCAGGUCUGGAAGGAAUGAAAGGAGAUCCUGGUGGUGUGAUUGGGAUUAUCCCCCUUAAAGGAGACAGAGGGGUUCCUGGCUCACCUGGACGACCUGGGCCACCUGGAAUCUUUGGACCAAUUGGACCUCCGGGACCCAGAGGAUACCCAGGACUUAAAGGGGAUUCUGGACCUCCCGGCCCUCCAGGAGAGAAAGGUGACAGGUUGGCCUUUGUGAGUGAAAAAGGAGAUAAGGGUGAACGAGGACUCAGAGGCCCACCUGGGCCCCCUGGACCACCUGAAGAAGUUAUAGGACAGACCACAGUUCUUGUACCGGGACCACGGGGGGAGAAAGGACUGAAGGGUGACAGAGGCGAGAAAGGCUUCUGUCUCCCUCAUCAGAAAGGAAUCAAAGGUGAACAAGGCCCACCUGGACCAAGAGGUAAACCUGGUAAAGAUGGAGAGUUUGGGAUAAAGGGAGAAAAAGGUUCCUCAGGAGUUCCUGGAUUCCCUGGUUUGUCGGGAGAGAAAGGAGAAAAAGGACCACCGGGUUAUGCUGAAGGUCCACCUGGCCCUCCUGGCCCACCUGGUCUCCCAGGGAAAUCGGGAGAAAAAGGUUUUCCUGGCCCUCAGGGAGAGGCUGGCCCACCAGGCCGCUUCAUCGAGGGUGCCCGUGGAGAACCUGGGAAGAAAGGAGAAACGGGUGAGAAAGGUGACAGCGGCAGAGAUGGAGAAUCUCUUGCUGGGCCACCGGGAAGACCAGGGCCCGUCGGACCCCCGGGGCCACCAGGAUUAGCACCUGACCCUGAAGAGUGUAAUAUGGAGAAAGGAAACCCUGGUCCACCUGGAUCUCCUGGAUUAUCAGGGGAGGAGGGACAAAAAGGUGAUAAAGGAGAAGCUUGUGUUAGUUGUGAUGGUCAACCUGGACCACCUGGCCCUGCAGGCGUUAAAGGAGAGCAAGGACCACCAGGCGCAGUUGGAGGUAAAGGAGAAAAGGGUCGCUCUGGGCUACCUGGAGAACCUGGAACACCUGGUUCUUCAGGAUCUCCUGGACUGAUGGGGGCUCCUGGUGCUGUAGGGGAACCUGGAGACAUUUUCAUAGCACCUGGUUAUAAAGGGGAGAAAGGUGUUUCUGGACGUCCUGGAUUACAGGGACAACCUGGCAGGGAAGGACAGCCAGGGAGAGACGGACUCCCGGGUCAACCGGGCCUCAAAGGAGAACCUGCCAAAGAAGGCAUUAAAGGUGAACGUGGCCCAGACGGUGACCCCGGCCUCAUGGGGCCUCCUGGAGAAAGGGGCCCCCCUGGUGUUCCAGGGUUUGGCCGGCCAGGUGGUCCAGGAGAGAAAGGAAGUCAGGGACAGCCAGGCCGUCCAGGAAGUCCAGGACAGCCCGGUCUGAAAGGAGAGCCAGGUAAAGGUAUUAGCACUCCGGGACCCCCGGGGCAGCCUGGACCAAGGGGAGCUAGUGGCUUCCCUGGACUUCAAGGUGACAGAGGUGAAACAGGUGUCCAAGGUCUGCCAGGCUUUCCUGGAGUAAAGGGAGAACAAGGACCACCUGGAAUCGGCUUUCCUGGCCCAGCGGGUGUCAAAGGUAUCAGUGGAAUCCCUGGAGCCCCAGGACUCCCUGGAGAGCCAGGGAGACCAGGACAGGACGGCUCAACUGGAAAAGCUGGUCCACCUGGACAAAAGGGUGAGCCUGGACGGGGUCUUCCAGGACCGAAAGGUGCGCAGGGCCACCAAGGAGUCACAGGCUUUCCCGGAGAUAAGGGUGGCAUGGGACUCCCAGGUAUUCCCGGCUCAGAAGGACACACAGGUCCUCCGGGACCUCAGGGAGUUAAAGGUGACGUCGGACCUCCGGGACCACCCGGUCAGGUCGGCCAAUCGGGUGCUCCGGGGAAAGGUUUGCCUGGACCACAAGGACCUCAAGGACCACGUGGAGAAACAGGACCUCAUGGGAGAGAAGGUAUAAAAGGAGAAAAGGGCCAUCCUGGCUCUCCAGGCCUCGAUAUGCCGGGACCUCAGGGAGACAAAGGAGCCGCUGGCUUCCCAGGAGACCCCGGUACCAAAGGACUGCCGGGUCUGCCAGGCGUACCCGGCCGAGACGGGUUAAUAGGGUACCAAGGUUCCAAAGGUGAAAUGGGGGUUAUGGGAAUUCCAGGAACGCCGGGAUUCCCAGGACCACCCGGGCAACCUGGGUCGCCUGGUCUGAGAGGGGAUCCUGGUGUUACUGGACCGAGAGGAGAGUCUGGGAAAGAAGGAGAGAAAGGUGAAAGGGGAGAGGAGGGUCCGCCAGGUCCUCCAGGAAACCUCACUCAAACUGACAUGGAGCAUAUGAAAGGGGAAAAGGGAGACAUUGGAGACCCAGGUGACCGCGGUUCUGCCGGAGAGAGGGGCCACCCUGGCAUUCGAGGAGAACAGGGAAUGGCUGGCAAAGACGGUGAACCUGGAUCACCUGGCCAGCCAGGUCAGAAAGGAGAUCCCGGUUUUCCUGGAGAUCCUGGUACCAUGGGACCUCCAGGGCCAAAAGGCGGCGUAGGGGAGAUGGGAAUACCAGGUCCAGUUGGUCCAAAAGGUUCCAAAGGAGACAUCGGUACAGCGGGUCAUCCUGGGUUCAGAGGCACAGAUGGUGAAAAAGGAGACCCGGGACUACCUGGCGAGCCGGGUAUUGGUGUCCCUGGAUUUCCAGGAGACAAGGGCAGGACAGGUGAGCCAGGACUUCCAGGAUACCGUGGAGACAAGGGUGAGAAGGGUCAGGAGGGAAUGCCUGGCAAACCCGGCCUGCAGGGACCAAAGGGUGACAAAGGAGGCGCUGGGUACCCAGGUCAGUCAGGCAGGCCAGGCGAGAAGGGCAAUCCUGGACUUCCUGGAUCUGUCGGAGAGGCCGGUCGUGAAGGUCGCCCUGGCGAAGGUGGCCGGCAGGGACCUCCGGGUCCCCGCGGAGAUAAGGGUGAGCCUGGACAGGACGGCAUCCCUGGAUCCUCUGGGGAGAGAGGAGACCCAGGUUUGCCAGGUCUUGGUGUGCCUGGACGUCCUGGAGCUCUCGGUGAAAGAGGUGAAAAAGGUGAUCCGGGUCUUCCCGGCAUGCCUGGUCAAUCAGGUGUCCCUGGUAUUAAAGGAGAAAAGGGUCCUCCUGGACCUCAAGGACAACAGGGGGAGCCAGGAGAGCGAGGUCUUCCCGGCAUCUCGCUGGAAGGCCCCAAAGGAGUUCAGGGAGCAACAGGGCCCGCCGGAGGAACAGGAACACCAGGGGCACCAGGACCUGCUGGAGUGCCAGGCAGAGAGGGCCAACAGGGCGAGAAAGGUGAUGCAGGUCGGCCUGGUUAUCAGGGAGAGUCGGGGCAAAAGGGCGACUCUGGAUCUCCUGGAUUUCCUGGGCCACCCGGCCUCCCAGGCAUCAACGGCCAGAAGGGCGAGCGAGGAUUACCGGGAGUUGCAGGCUUCCCAGGCACAAAAGGUACUCUGGGUGACUCUGGAUUUAAAGGCGGAGCGGGUGACAGAGGCUUCCCUGGAGAAAAAGGUAAUGAAGGCCCCCCUGGUCCACCCGGCCCCAAGAUCUUCAUCAAAGGAGACACUGGACUCCCUGGAGAUCAGGGUUUCCCUGGACCUCAGGGACCACCGGGCUUUCCUGGGCAGAAAGGAGAGCAAGGUGUGACGGGUAUUCAGGGUCCAAAAGGUGAAACCGGCAUCCAUGGAUUUGAUGGUCAGUCAGGCGCCAAAGGAGAACCUGGUGUGCCGGGGCCACAAGGACCCAGAGGAUAUCCAGGUCCACCGGGACCGGACGGUGUUCAAGGUCAACUGGGUCCGCCUGGCCCGUCGUCCAUGGACCAUGGUUUCUUAGUAACACGCCACAGCCAAAGUGUGGAGGUGCCACUGUGCCCUGGAGGUACCACUCAAAUAUAUGAUGGCUACUCGUUGCUCUAUGUGCAAGGCAAUGAGCGCUCCCAUGGACAAGACUUAGGUACGGCAGGCAGUUGCCUCCGAAAGUUCAGCCCCAUGCCGUUCUUGUUCUGCAACAUCAACAACGUUUGCAACUUUGCGUCUCGUAACGAUUACUCCUACUGGCUCACCUCACCGGAGCCAAUGCCCAUGAACAUGGCGCCCAUCACCGGGGACAGCAUCAGGCCCUUCAUCAGCAGGUGUGUUGUAUGUGAAGCUCCGGCCAUGGUGAUCGCAGUCCACAGCCAGACAAUCAGGAUCCCGCCUUGCCCUCAAGGCUGGAACUCUCUGUGGAUCGGCUACUCCUUUGUCAUGCACACCAGCGCAGGUGCUGAGGGUUCAGGUCAGGCGUUGGCCUCUCCUGGUUCCUGUCUGGAGGAGUUUCGCAGCGCCCCAUUCAUUGAAUGUCACGGUCGAGGAACCUGCAACUACUACGCCAACUCCUACAGCUUCUGGCUCGCCACCAUCGAGACAGAGGACAUGUUUACGAAACCCGUCCCGACGACGCUCAAAGCAGGCAGCCUCCGAACACACAUAAGCCGCUGUCAAGUGUGCAUGAAGAGGACAUUCACUUAAAACCAGAGGCCUUCCUUUCUUUUAAAACAUGGACAGCAAUGCAUCGACAUCCUCAACUUAGCUUUACUUCCUGUUCUGAUGGUGCUAUUUCCCUGUGUGUCGUGUGUGAAUGGAGAGGAACAAGAGACGCGAGUCGCAAAACAUCCAGCGACUGAACAUUAUAAAGCAAACAGAGACCAUGGGGCUUUUUGAAAUCUUUUUUUUUUUUUUUUGCUCCUA